AUGGCGAGCUAUUUCCCUCCCGGAGCUACCUCCGGCCAUGCAUCAGCUCGCACGCCUUCUCCGGCCGGCACUCCGCUCUCGCCCCCGAACCAGCGUUCCAAUGCCUUGUCUAAUCGCCUGACAAGUGUACUCUCGGCCUCGUAUGCGGACUCCGAUAUCCGCGACGCGCUGGAGACCCUCAGUCUCCGAGGGGUACAUAAUACCGCGGAAGUGAGGAGACAGCUACGGUUGGAUGUGCAGAAGGAGGUGGUUGAUAGCAAUGCGACGAUUGUGCGGGAUUUUGGGAAAGUCGCGGAGCAAUUGAAACGAAUUGGAACUGUGAUCUCGAGCCUGAAUCAGACAUGCGACGAAAUGCGCAAGCACAUUGUCCUGGCGAGACAGGACACGACGCCCGUUCUGGAGGAAGCGUCGGCGUUGAUGAACCAGAAGAAGGAAGCGGAGACAAAGCAGCAACUGCUCGAUGCAUUCGCCAAGCACUUUAUCGUGUCGGAUGAGGAGUUGAUGAUCUUGACUUCGGCGGAGGAGCCUAUCGACGACCAAUUCUUUGACGUGCUCGGGCGCGUGAAACAGGUGCACCGAGACUGUGAGGUUCUGCUGGGCGGAGAGAACCAGAGAUUAGGCCUGGAGCUGAUGGAGAAAAGCUCGAGGAACCUCAAUUCCGCUUAUCAGAAACUCUACAAGUGGAUUCAGAAGGAAUUUGGGUCUUUGAACCUCGAGGAUCCCCGCAUCAGUAGUUCAAUCCGACGAGCUCUCCGGGUGCUGGCGGAGCGACCCAGUCUGUUCCACAGCUGUUUGGAUUUCUUCGCGGAGGCGCGCGAUUACGUUCUGUCCGAUGCCUUCCACUAUGCCCUUACCGAUGCUGUGGCAGGCACCGCAGGCGACCAAAACGUGAAGCCCAUCGAGUUCUCAGCGCACGACCCUCUGAGGUACAUCGGGGACAUGCUGGCCUGGGUGCAUUCCACAACCGUGUCGGAGCGAGAAGCCUUGGAGGCCCUCUUCGUGGCGGAUGGCGAGGAGCUCGCCCGGGGUAUCCAGGCUGGACUGAGCAGUGAGCCAUGGUCUCGUAUCGACGAAAACGAGGAAGUCACAUUCGACGGACACAAGGCUCUCAGCGAUCUCGUCAACCGGGACCUCAUUGGCGUUUCACGGUCCUUGCGGCAGCGCGUCGAGCUGGUUAUUCAAGGCCACGACGACCCCGUCACUUGCUACAAGGUCGUGAACCUGCUGUCCUUCUACCGGGCGACAUUCUCAAAGCUCCUAGGCCCCAACUCCAACCUGGCAGAGCUGCUCGAGACUCUGGAAAAGUUCACACUCAGCCACUUCGAGCAUCUCAUGCACGAGGGAGUCAACCAACUCUCAACCGACCACACUGCGCUGGCACCUCCGGAUGAUCUCUCCACACCUCAAUUCCUUCUGGACGCCCUUGAGGCCCUGACCUCCCUCAUGAAAACCCACGAAGCCUCGAUCGGCGCCGCCGACGACAAUUCUACCUCGCCCUCUGACAAUCGCUUCACCCCCGUCCUCCGCGCCGCUCUCGACCCAUUCCUCGACCUGGCCAAAUCAUCCGCCAACGACCUCCCAGACCCUACCAGCCGCGCCAUCUACCUAACCAACAUCCAUCUGACCACCCGCUCCACCAUCUCCGAAUACCCAUUCGCCAGCCCCACGCACCUCACCCCCCUCUCCGCAACCCUCUCCACCCUCCGCAUGGAUCUCCUCGAAAUCCAACACCGCUACCUCCUGCACACCUCAGGUCUCCAAGUCCUAUUGAACGCCCUGGAGCCAUUCUCGCCCUCUUCUUCAUCUGCUACUGCUUCCGCACCAACCACGAAAUCCGAACACCCAGAUCCACCUCCCAACAUCGCCGACAUCGCAUCCCUCCCUGCCUUCCAGCCCGAAGCCCUCGUCGCUAUCAGCCAGCAACUCGACGAUUUCUUGCCGUCCGCGCUCAUGGACGCGACCGAUCACCUGAAGUAUGUGCGCAGCGCGACGUUCGUGAAGAGCGUCACCGAGGAAGCGGUGGAGGCGUUCUGUCGGGAUUUUGAGUUCGUAGAGGGCAUGAUCAUCGGGGCGGAUGAGGCUGUUGGGAAGAUUGAUGUUGUGAGAGCUGAUGGUGGUGGUGAAAAGCAAGAGGAUGAUGGGAAGGAGGGUGUGGAUGGGGAGAAGAAGGAUACUGAGGAGGGGGAUGAUGAGAUUGAGGAAGAAGGCGGGUUGAGGAGACUUUUCCCCAGGACGACGGGGGAGAUAAGGGUUUUGUUGAGUUGA